GUGCUCUUUCCACUAGGCCACGCCGAAAGAAACGUGCGGAGAGCACUCGGUAGGAUUUCAUACAUGUGGCAUAGAGGAUGAACUCCUCCACCAUGAACGAGGAGCCCGACGCGCUGUCGGUAGUCAACCAGUUGCGGGAUCUAGCGGCCGACCCGCUAAACCGGCGGGCCAUCGUCCAGGAUCAGGGAUGUCUGCCGGGCCUCAUCUUGUUUAUGGAUCACCCCAACCCUCCCGUGGUCCAUUCAGCUUUGCUGGCUCUUCGCUACUUGGCAGAAUGCCGUGCCAACAGAGAAAAGAUGAAAGGGGAACUGGGUAUGAUGUUGAGCUUGCAAAAUGUAAUUCAAAAGACUACAACUCCAGGGGAGACUAAGCUUCUGGCCUCUGAAAUCUACGACAUCCUUCAGUCUUCCAACACGGAAGACACCGGCAACAUGAACGAAAUGAAUUCCCGCCGGCGGAAAGCGCAGUUUUUCCUGGGAGCCACAAAUAAACGCGCCAAGACGGUGGUUUUACAUAUAGACGGCCUUGAUGAUUCGUCUCGGAGAAAUCUGUGUGAAGAAGCCUUGUUGAAAAUUAAAGGUGUCAUUAGCUUUACCUUUCAAAUGGCAGUUCAGAGAUGUGUAUACGAAUCCGUUUCGGACUUGAAAGCGGAGGCAUUUGCCACAGCAAUAGCAUCUACCAAAGUAUUGAAAGCACAGCAAGUUGUGAAAAGUGAAAGCGGAGAAGAGAUGCUGUCCCAUUCCAAGAUGCCCCUGUCGUAAGUCGAACAGAACACCAGACCUCCCUGAUACCUGCCCGAGGACGAGAGCCCCACAAAGGAACAAGAUAAAGCCGUGUCUCGCGUCGGCUCCCACCCAGAAGGCGGAGCCAGCUGGCUGAGUACGGCCGCCAACUUUCUUGUCCCGCUCUUUUUACUUGGUGACUGAAGUCUGGGGGCUCGAAGAACUGCGACCCCCCCCGACGGGGGCAGGGGGAGGGUCCAGUUUUCCAUUGGCGUGGUGAAACUGUCAAGUGCAAUUCGCAAUAAGAUAUCAAGGGGAGUUUUUAGAUGACGUAUGCUGCAUAUCCAUUUUUACCGGACGUUUAGCCUGCCUGGCGGUUGAAAGGACAGAGGCCUCAGAUGGAAUUGCUUUUGUUUUGGUUAUAUUAUUUAUUUUUGUUUUUUAAUUUUGGUGGUUUUUCCUGAACAUUUUAUUGCCUCACAUUUUUAUAUGGGUCCACUAUAGAAAAAAACAAAAACACAAACAUUUAUUGCAUAUGCAGCUUUAAGUUUUUACUUCACAUUGAGCCAUGUGAUUGGGAAAACUCAUUUUCACCUUGUCUCAGGACCUUACCGAGAAAUUCUUUUUUAACUCUAAUGUGCAUGAAUCAAUAAGCCUUUUUUUGUUUUUCUUUUUUUUUUGUGUGUGUGUCUCCCUUGUUCCUAAUGAAGGAUGCUUCUUUUGGUUCUCUAGGCCAGAAAUCUAGAAGACAGUAGAUCUACAUUGUCUUUCUACCUUUUUUUUUGCCUAUCCAUGUUCACAGAACCUGAGUUUCCUCCACUCUUUGUAUAUGAGACUUUCUAUGAAUUGGGAUAUCCAGUAAACCCCUGUGUACACGUUAGUAAUUUCCCAGCCCUCAAACCACUGAAGUCUGAUGAGAU